ACUAGGUCCCCAGGCUCUGGGGGUUGGGCGUGGGAGUAGCCCUAGCUGAGCCUCGGAAGUCCUCCUGGACUGUUCGGGGGCCCCAGGCGGUAGCCACGUUCUGAUUCUGGCUUGAAGCCAGGGGAGGGAGCUUGGGGUAAGGGGAGGGCCCUGAGGGAGGGGUCAGGCUCCUGAGGAAAGAGUUAAUGGGAAGAGGGGGAGGGGAUAGGACGAAGAGAUCGAAGGGAAGGCUCAGUUUCAUUUCCACCAACCCUCCUGCCUGGGCCGCAGCCGCCGCCGCGAUGCCCAGUAAGUUCAGCUGCCGGCAGCUCCGGGAGACGGGCCAAUGCUUCGAGAGUUUCCUGGUCGUUCGGGGACUGGACAUGGAGACAGAUCGCGAGCGGCUGCGGACCAUUUAUAAUCGGGACUUCAAGAGCAGUCUUGCCUCCAGCAAAUCCAUCCUCCAAUCCUGAUGCCAGAGUGAUCUGAAAUGCAGAUCUGAUCUUGCCACUCCCCUGCUUAAAACCCACCGCCUGGUGGUUCUGUAACCGCAGUGUAGCAUCUGAGGCGGGCUGAAAGCACAAAGCCAAGCUAUUUGAUCUCUGGAGAAGGAUCCUUUCCCUUCCUGCUUGGGUUCCACCUGCACCCUUUGACUUCAGCUUUGGGACCCCCGCCCCUGGCUUCUCCUCCAUGCUGUAUGGAAUGAAGUUUGCAAAUCUGGCCUACGUCACCAAGACACGGGUCAGGUUCUUCAGACUCGACCGCUGGGCUGACGUGUGGCUCCCAGAAAAGAGGAGAAUGAAGCUGGGGUCAGAUAUCAGCAAACACCACAAGUCACUGCUAGCCAAGAUCUUUUAUGACAGGGCUGAGUAUCUUCACGGGAAACAUGGGGUGGACGUGGAAGUCCAGGGGCCCCAUGAAGCCCGAGAUGGGCAGCUCCUUAUCCGCCUGGAUUUGAACCGCAAGGAGGUGCUGACCCUGAGGCUUCGGAACGGAGGAACGCAGCCGGUCACCCUCACCCACCUCUUCCCACUCUGCCGGACCUCCCAGUUUGCCUUCUACAAUGGAGACCAGGAGCUGCCCUGCCCGCUGGGCCCCGGUGAAUGCUAUGAGCUCCAUGUCCACUGUCAGACCAGCUUUGUGGGCUACUUCCCAGCCACGGUGCUCUGGGAGCUGCUGGGACCCGGGGAACCGGGUUCAGAAGGAGCUGGCACUUUCUACAUUGCCCGCUUCUUGGCUGCUGUCGCCCACAGUCCCCUUGCAGCACAACUGAAGCCCACGACUCCCUUCAAGCGGACUCGGAUCACUGGAAACCCUGUAGUGACCAACCGGAUAGAGGAAGGAGAGAGACCUGACCGCGCUAAGGGCUAUGACCUGGAGCUAAGUAUGGCGCUGGGGACGUACUACCCACCACCCCGCCUCCGGCAGCUGCUCCCCACCCUUCUUCAGGGAACAAGUAUCUUCACUGCUCCAAAGGAGAUUGCUGAGAUCAAGGCCCAGCUGGAGACAGCCCUCAAGUGGAGGAACUACGAGGUGAAGCUCCGGCUGCUGCUGCACCUGGAGGAGCUGCAGAUGGAACAUGACAUCCGGCACUAUGACCUGGAGUCGGUGCCCAUGACCUGGGACCCUGUAGACCAGAACCCCAGGCUGCUCACACUGGAGGUUCCCGGGGUGACCGAGAGCCGCCCCUCAGUGCUACGAGGGGACCACCUGUUUGCCCUUUUGUCCUCUGAGACACACCAAGGGGACCCCGUCACCUAUAAGGGCUUUGUACACAAGGUAGAAUUGGACCGUGUCAAGCUGAGCUUUUCCAUGAGCCUCCUGAGCCGCUUUGUGGAUGGGCUGACCUUCAAGGUGAACUUCACCUUUAACCGCCAGCCUCUGAGGGUGCAGCAUCGCGCCCUGGAGCUGACGGGGCGCUGGCUGCUGUGGCCCAUGCUCUUUCCUGUGGCCUCCCGUGGGGUCCCACUGCUGCCCUCAGAUGUGAAGCUCAAGCUGUAUGACCGGAGUCUGGAGUCAAACCCUGAGCAGCUACAGGCCAUGAAGCACAUUGUUAUGGGCACCACUCGUCCAGCCCCUUACAUCAUCUUUGGGCCUCCAGGCACUGGCAAGACUGUCACCUUAGUGGAAGCCAUCAAGCAGGUUGUGAAGCACCUGCCUGAUGCCCACAUCCUGGCCUGCGCUCCGUCCAAUUCGGGGGCUGACCUCCUCUGUCAGCGGCUCCGGGUCCACCUGCCCAGCUCCAUCUACCGUCUCCUGGCCCCCAGCAGGGACAUCCGCAUGGUGCCUGAGGACAUCAAGCCCUGCUGUAACUGGGAUGCAAGGAAGGGCGAUUACGUAUUUCCCGCCAAGAAGAAGCUGCAGGAAUAUCGUGUCUUAAUUACCACCCUCAUCACUGCCAGCAGGUUGGUCUCGGCCCAGUUUCCCAUUGAUCACUUCACACACAUCUUCAUCGAUGAAGCUGGCCACUCCAUGGAGCCUGAGAGUCUGGUGGCCAUAGCAGGGCUGAUGGAAGUCAAGGAAACAGACAAUCCAGGAGGGCAGCUGGUGCUGGCAGGAGACCCUCGGCAGCUGGGGCCUGUGCUGCGUUCCCCACUGACCCAGAAGCAUGGGCUGGGGUACUCACUGCUGGAGCGGCUGCUCACCUACAACGCCUUGUACAAGAAGGGCCCUGACGGCUACGACCCCCAGUUCAUAACCAAGCUGCUACGCAACUACAGGUCCCACCCCACCAUCCUGGACAUUCCUAACCGGCUCUAUUAUGAUGGGGAGCUGCAGGCCUGUGCUGAUGUUGUGGACCGAGAGCGCUUCUGCCGCUGGGAGGGUCUGCCUCGACAGGGCUUUCCCAUCAUCUUUCAUGGCGUAAUGGGCAAGGAUGAGCGUGAGGGCAAUAGCCCGUCCUUCUUCAACCCCGAAGAGGCUGCCACAGUGACUUCCUACCUGAAGCUGCUCCUGGCCCCCUCCUCCAAGAAGGGCAAAGCCCGCCUGAGCCCCCGAAGCGUGGGCGUCAUCUCCCCAUACCGGAAGCAGGUGGAGAAAAUCCGUUAUUGCAUCACCAAACUUGACAAGGAGCUUCGGGGAUUGGAUGACAUCAAGGACUUGAAGGUGGGCUCCGUGGAAGAGUUCCAAGGCCAAGAACGGAGCGUCAUCCUCAUCUCCACCGUGCGAAGCAGCCAGAGCUUUGUGCAGCUGGAUCUGGACUUCAACCUGGGUUUCCUAAAGAACCCCAAGAGGUUCAACGUGGCUGUGACCCGGGCAAAGGCCUUGCUCAUCGUGGUGGGCAACCCACUCCUCCUGGGCCAUGACCCCGACUGGAAAACAUUCCUGGAGUUCUGUAAAGAAAAUGGGGGGUACACCGGGUGCCCCUUCCCUGCCAAACUGGACCUGCAACAGGGACAGAACUUACUCCAAGGUCUGAGCAAGCUCAGCCCCUCUACCUCAGGGCCCCAGAGUCAUGACUACCUCCCCCAGGAGAGGGAGGGUGACGGCGGCCUGUCCCUGCAAGUGGAGCCAGAGUGGAGGAAUGAGCUCUAAAGACACGGCAGCGGCCUUCUCACACCAGCCAAGCCUUAAUCGCCCUCCCGACCCUGAACCAGAACCCAGCCAAGCUGCCCCUCCAAGGGACCGGAAGGCUGGGGGAGGGAGUUUACAACCCAAGCCAUUCCACCCCCUCCCCUGCUGGAGAGAAUGACACAUCAAGCUGCUAACAAUUGGGGGAAGGGGGAGGAAGAAAAACUCUGUAAACAAAACCUUAUUCUAUGCAAAAGCCUCCAUGUCUCCUC